CGUUUCCAUGGGAGCCACCAUGUCAGAACCGGCCAGUUCUACGUUUUCAGGCUAAAUGUCUAAGCCAAAUUUAACAUACUGUAGUAAAUUAUGUACAAAGCUAGCUAGAAAUCAAAAACCCACUAUAUAUCUCUAAUUUAUUAUCGCUAAAUUGAACGUAAUUUCGUGGAAUGACGAACAGAAUGAGCCGUUUUAAUUCCACUGUCCCCGUUGAUGAGUAUCUCGCGGACAGUAAUGUGAUGUUCUACCUGAGUGAUGCAGUGACGCAGCUGUUGGAACAUAAAGAGGAGUACACUCAGUUCGGAGUGAUCCGAUACCUCGCUGAAUAUUUCAGCAGCGUGAAGAACAGUAACCACGUCCUCUUCAGAGAGUUUAACUAUGUCAAAGCCACUCCUCAUAACCGAGCCUCCUUCAUCAGAGUCUUCUGGAGAUGUUACAGACAGAUCGGCAAGAGUGGAGAUUUGCUGUCAAUGCUGGAGUACCGGUCUCUGCUGCAGUUACUGUGUCCUGACUUCCCAGUGGAGAUGGUUCAGAGUGCAUCCAGAAUUGUUCUGAUGGACGACGCCAUCGACUGUCUGAUGUCUUUCUCUGAUUUCCUGUACGCCUUCCAGCUGCAGUUCUACUACCAAGAGUUCCUGGACAGUGUCCUGCUCAUCUACCAGGACCUGUUGGCAGGUAAAAGCCCCAACACCGUCAUCGUCCCCACGUCCACGUCCAUCGAGCAGCUGCCGUCGGUCGCUGCAGAGGAGACGGACCGAGAGCAGGACGGGGUGGACACGCCCACUCUGGCCCAGUGUGUGGACGCUCUGUGCGACCGCUUCAAACACAGUUUCCCCCCCAGGGCCUGUAUGAGGGACAUCCUGGAACAGUCGGACAAAGUGUCGUACUACAGCUUCCUCAUGAGCCUGGCCAAGCACGAAACUGUCAAUCAAACCAUUGGAGUUUUACCCACUAAGGCUGAGCUGCUGAUCGACCCUGAGAUGGACCAGGAACUGGACAAACUUAUCGCCCAGAUCUCGGUGAGUCCGGGCAGUAACAGCAGUGGCAGUGCCGUGGGGGGGGCACUGAAAGAGGUCCAGAGGAAGGCCUCCCCCAGGAGGAACAUCCACCACCGCCGGAGGAUGGAGGUGGAGAGCGACGGCUCCACCGAGGAGACCGACUCCUCUGAGAACUGACCCAGUACCGGUUCACCUCCAGUAUCUGGACCAGAACACCACGAACAUCACUGUCUGAUUGUUCCUUUUGUCUUUUAUUCACACUACAAAGAGUUAAAAACAUGAAUGAAUGUCCUGUGGUUUAGUUAAUUUAACACUGGAGAUUAACAGCAGUUUAUUAUUACACUGUGGAAACUGGAAGGAUUUAGAUUAGAUUAAAUUAGACUAAAUUAGAUUAAAUUAGAUGAACUAGAACUUUAUUGAUCCCUCAUUGAAACUAAGGUUCAGUAGCAGAACAAUAUUAAAUGUACAGAUAUAAGAAUUAAAAAAUAAAAAAAGACAUAAGAAAAUAAUAAUUACUCUAAACUAUAAAAAACAGUAUUAAAAGCUGGCUAUUGUACAUUACAAAUACUAUUAAUAAUAAUAAUAAUUAAAGAUAAGAAAAUGAAAAUUACACUGGUCUGUUGUAUAUUGAUAUUUGUUCUUUUCCUUUAUAGAUGAUACAGACUAUUAUAAUAACGAUGGUUCAUGUGUCAGUGUGUGAUGGAUUUACCUGCUGAGUUUCUGUUUUCCUCUUAUUUGACUGUUUACACAAUGAUUCUCCAGCCAAUAACAGCGUCACAGCGAAAACAGGCAGAAUGAUGUAAAAACAAAAAAAAGCCACUGGUUUUACAGCAUGUCCACUAAGUCAUCAAAACAGUCAACAAAAAAUUUAUACAGUUAAUGAAAUGGGGGAAAAAUGAAUCAAAUAAUCAGGAAAAUGAAUAAAAUAGUCAAGAAAAUUUAGUAAAUGAAUGAAAUCAAUUAUUGCUUUUCUGUUUCUUAUAAUUUAUUCAUCAUUGUUCAAAACAAAACUUCAUUUAAUGCAAACAGGUGUUUUACUGAUAAACAACAUUAAUGGUAUUUAAUAGUGUUUAUGAAGAGGAUUAAAAAACACUGAUGUCAGUUUACUGAUUUAAAUAUAAAAUUAGGAUGAAUUUGUUUGUGGAAAGAACAUAUGACAGAUAUUCUCAUGUUUGUGACUAAAUACUUUAUUUUCUGUACAGUUUUACUGCAUUCCUUUAUUUUUUUUAUUUAUUCACAUGACAGUCUGAAUUUAUUAAUGUAUAAUGUGUGUGAAGACGCUUCCUGACACUGUGAAUAAUUAAGAUGGAACUAUGAAAUCUGCUGCAUCAUUUAAUAAAUUAAUGUAUUAAAGGUAAUUAUUGAUCU